AGCUAGAGUCCAUCAUUAGCUACGAACCUGAAGCUUCUUAAGCUCUACCUAAUUGGUUUUUGGGUGUGGCCAUUUCAACGUGGAUUCCAUGGCUGCCACUACCUCUGCCAGUUGCAGCGGCUUCUUCAGUCUCCGAUCAUCAAAUACCGUUGAGUCCAGGGUCCGGGGUUCGUCGUCGUCGUCGAGCCAAGGCUCUUCUGGUUGCAGAAAGCUAGAUGGGGUGGCCAUGUGGUUCAUCAACGGUGUCACAAUGGCUUUUUUUGCAUCCUUAAAUCAUUGCUCUUGCAUCCGCAUCGCUACUGUAGAAGACGGAGAAGAUGCCAACGACUUGCCGUUGAUGUCCAACGAAGAAAAUCUCCGUCAUGAUUGUGUCGCUGGAACCACCAGCAGGAGAAGGACAGGUAAAGGGAAGAAGAGUACCGGAGCAGUUCUUGACUGAAGAGUGAAGACCAAAUAGUGAAAGUGGAAACAAAAUACCUUAAUUUUGAGGCCUUGAGAAAAAUCAAAUCAACGUGUCUUAUCUUUCUUGGUAAGUGAUAUAUUGUAAUUUUAUAUAUGCGGGUUAUUAGAAUUGUGCGUUCAAAUAUGUUAUGGAUAAUGAAAUUAAGAAGCGAUCUUCCUUGACUUUGAUGUAUACAGAUAAUCGAGACUGUU